AGUGCAAUCAUCGAAUUAUCGAUCAGCUUAAAUCAGUGAACGAAUGCGACACCAAUAUACUAGACGAUAUUUCUAGUUAUCCGAAAUGAAUUUGGGACUACGAUGCGUGUUCGUCUUUCUUGGAUUUCUAGUGAUAGCUGAUGUCUGCUCGGGUGCGUACCGUAGCGGUUACAGCGGCUACAGAAGUUACAGCAGUUACAGCAGUUACCGUUCCUAUCGCACUUCUGGCGCCGCCACCAGUAGCGGUGGGGGAUUCAUCGCCGGCAUGGUGGUCCUUGGGGUCUUUGGUGCCGCCGUCAUUAUCGUCCUCAUUGUUUGCCUCCUGAAGAAAAAUGGCACGAUUUGUGCCUCCCCUAAAGUUACAGCUACCCCCAGCUCAACGGUGGACACAUUAAACAAAGGAUUCAAAUCUGCCGACAACUACAAUCUGGGGUUCGUCAACCCACCCCCGCCACCGACUUAUUCUGAUGUGUAUCCCCCGCCGUCAUACUCGAACAGAAACGUGUUCGCGUCCGACCCCGCUUACCCGCCGACAGCGCCUGUGUCUCAGUGAAUGCCGCCAGCAGACAUCGUCGGCAGGUAGACCAGCAACAAUACUGUUCGGACAUACUCUAAGUUUUCGGACACUAUGAGUUUUCGGACAACGUCUUUUUUAGCAAAAUUCAUUAUUUUUCGUGACUUAAUUUUCGGACAUACGGGUUUUCGUGAAUAAUUACCGGUUAUGUCUCUUAAUUUUCUGACAGUAUAUUUUGCUGCGCUAUUCUACAGACUUCGUCCCUGUUUUCGCGUAUCUUGUGACACUUCGAUCAUGGAUUUUUACAAUCGGAUUAAGGUCAUAAAACCUGACAGAUGCAUGCCUGAUGGCAAUGUACCAUUGCAUUCGCGUAAUUGGAUGAAUUACCAUGUAUACCGAUAGAAAUCAAUGGAUUUACCAAACAGCAUUUGAAACAGUUUAUUGCAUUUCAGGCAAGAGUUAGCAAAUUGUGAAGUUGUAUUUAUGUUUUGAAAGCAGAAAAAGAAGAGUAAAUCACAAUAAAAUUGUUGUACAUCAA